CUCCGCGGACGCCCUGGAGCCCCAGCCCCGCCAGAAGAGCCUCUUUCUCUGAACUGGAGACUUUGGUGUCUGGACUCCACUCCGAUCCUUGCAAGUCCUGCUGCCCAGCCCACCAAGAUGCGCUGCGGCCUGUGGCCUCCGCCUCCUUCCCCUGCCCUGGUCCUGGCCUUGACCUUGGCUAUGUUGGUGGGACCCAUAUCUGCAGCCUCUUUCUUCGGUGAGAAUCACCUGGAGGUGCCUGUGGCCACAGCUCUGAAGGACAUAGACCUACAGCUGAAGUUCUCCACAUCCCAGACCGAAGCCCUGCUUUUCCUGGCAGCAGGCCGGACAGACCACCUCCUCCUGCAGCUCUACUCUGGACGCCUGCAGGUCAGACUUGUCCUGGGCCAGGAGGUGAUAAGGCUCCAGACCCCAGCAGAGACACUGCUGAGCAACUCCAUUAUCCACACUGUGGGGCUGACUGUCUCAGACAGCUGGGCCUUGUUGUCAGUAGAUGGGCACCUGAAUUCCUCAGCCCCAGUCUCAGGAGCCCCAUUGGAAGUCCCCUAUGGGCUCUUCGUGGGGGGCAUUGGAAGCCUUGGCCUGCCCUACCUGAGGGGAGCCAGCCGAGCUUUGCGGGGUUGCCUCCAUGGGGCCACCCUCAAUGGCCACAACCUCCUCCAGCCACUGACCCCAGAUGUACAUGAGGGAUGCGCCGAAGAGUUCUCUGCAGAUGACAGUGUGGCUCUGGGCUUCUCCGGGCCCCACUCAUUGGCGGCCUUCCCUGCCUGGAGCACUCCGGAUGAAGGUGCCCUGGAGUUCACACUCACCACAAGGAGCCGGCAGGCACCCCUAGCCUUCCAAGCAGGGGGCCAGCAUGGGGACUUCAUCUAUGUGGACAUAUUUGAAGGUCACCUGCGGGCUGUGGUGGAGAAAGGCCAGGGCACUGUAUUGCUGCAUAACAGUGUGCCUGUGGCUGAUGGGCAACCCCAUGAGGUCAGUAUCCACAUGGACGCUCACCAGCUGGAAAUAUCUGUGGACCAGUACCCCACACGUACUUCCAACCGCGGGGUCCUCAGCUUCCUGGAGCCACGUGGCAGUCUCCUCCUCGGGGGACUACAUGCAGAGGUCUCUCGCCAUCUCCAGGAGCACCGCCUGGGCCUGGCACCGGGGGCUGGCAAUGUCUCCCUCCUGGGCUGCAUGGAGGACCUCAGCAUCAACGGCAAGCGGCAGGGGCUCCGGGAAGCCUUGCUGACUCGCAGCAUGGUGGCCGGCUGCAGGCUUGAGGAAGAUGAGUAUGAGGAGGAUGCCUAUGGCCCAUACGAGGCCUUCUCCACCCUGGCUCCUGAGGCUUGGCCAGCCGUGGAGCUGCCUGAGCCCUGUGUGCCUGAGCCAGGGCUGCCUCCUGUCUUUGCCAAUUUCACCCAACUGCUCACCAUCAGCCCACUGGUGGUGGCUGAGGGUGGCACAGCCUGGCUUGAGUGGCGGCAUGUUCAGCCCACAGUGGACCUGGGUGAGGCUGAGCUGCGCAAAUCCCAGGUGCUGUUCAGCGUGAGCCGCGGAGCCCGCCACGGUGAGCUAGAGCUGGAUGUCCCGGGCGCCCAGGCACGGAAAAUGUUCACCCUCCUGGACGUGGUAAACCACAAGGUCCGCUUCGUCCACGAUGGCUCUGAGGACUCCUCGGACCAGCUGGUGCUGGAGGUGUCAGUGACUGCUCGGGGCCCCCUGCCCUCCUGCCUUCAGAGAGGCCAAAUUUACAUCCUGCCCAUCCAGAUAAACCCUGUCAACGACCCACCCCGCAUUAUCUUCCCGCACGGAAGCCUCAUGGUCAUCCUGGAGCACACCCAGAAGCCGCUGGGGCCUGAGGUCUUCCAAGCCUAUGACCCGGACUCUGCCUGCGAGGGCCUCACCUUCCAGCUCCUCGGCACCCACACCGGCCUUCCUGUGGAGCGCCGAGACCAGCCUGGUGCACCAGCGACUGAGUUCUCCUGCCAGGAGCUGGAGACUGGCAACCUAGUCUACAUCCACCGUGGGGGGCCAGCCCAGGACCUGACAUUCCAGGUCAGCGAUGGGCUGCAGGCCAGCCCCCCAGCCACACUGAAGGUGGUGGCCAUCCGGCCGACCAUUCAGAUCCGUCGAAACACAGGGCUGUACGUGGCCCAGGGCUCUGCUGCCUUCGUCUCGCCUGCCAACCUGUCCGUGGAGACCAACGCUGUGGGGCAGGAUGUGAGCGUGCAGUUCCGAGUCACUGGGGCCCUGCAGUUUGGGGAGCUGCAGAAGCAGGGGGCAGGCGGGGCCGAGGGUGCUGAGUGGUGGGCCACACAGGCAUUCCAGCAGUGGGACGUGGAGCAGGGCCGAGUGAGGUACCUGAGCACUGACCCACAGCACCGCGCCGAGGACACCGUGGAGAACCUGGCCCUGGAGGUGCAGGUGGGCCGGGAGACUCUAAGCAAUUUGUCCUUUCCAGUGACAGUCCAGAGAGCCGCAGUGUGGCUGCUGCGGCUGGAGCCACUGCAUACUCAGAACACCCAGCAGGAGGCCCUCACCACUGCCCACCUGGAGGCCGCCCUAGAGGACGCAGACCUGAGCCCCACCACCUUCCACUAUGAGGUGGUUCAGGCCCCCAGGAAGGGAAAUCUUCGGCUACAGGGCACACGACUAGCAGACGGUCAGGGCUUCACCCAGGAUGACCUGCAGGCUGGUCGGGUGACUUAUGGGGCCACAGCACGUGCCUCAGAGGCAGUCGAGGACCUCUUCCGUUUCCGUGUCACAGCUCCGCCACACUUCUCCCCUCUCUACACCUUCCCCAUCCACAUCGGCGGUGACCCAGAUUCUCCUGUCCUUACCAACACGCUCCUCUCAGUGCCUGAGGGAGGCAAGGGUGUCCUCUCUGCUGACCACCUCUUCGUCAAGAGUCUCAACAGUGCCAGCUACCUCUAUGAGGUCAUGGAGCAGCCCCGCCAUGGGAGGUUGAUGUGGCAGGGGGCACAGGACAAGGACACCAUGGUGACAUCCUUCACCAAUGAUGACCUGCUUCAUGGCCGAUUGGUCUACCAGCAUGACGACUCCGAGAGCACAGAAGAUGACAUUCCAUUUGUGGCUACCCGCCAGGGUGAGGGCAGCGGUGGCAUGGCCUGGGAGGAGGUACGGGGCGUUUUCCGUGUGUCCAUCCAGCCUGUGAAUGACCAUGCCCCCGUGCAGACCAUCAGCCGUGUCUUCCACGUGGCCCGGGGUGGGCAGCGGCUGCUGACCACAGAUGACGUGGCCUUCAGCGAUGCUGACUCAGGCUUUGCUGACACUCAGCUGGUGCUGACGCGCAAGGACCUCCUUUUUGGCAGCAUCGUGGCUGUGGAUGAGCCCACACGGCCUGUCUACCGCUUCACCCAGGAGGACCUCCGGAGGAGGCGAGUCCUGUUUGUGCACUCAGGGGCCGACCGUGGCUGGAUCCAGCUGCAGGUGUCUGAUGGGCAGCACCAGGCCACUGCACUACUCGAAGUCCAGGCCUCAGAGCCCUACCUGCAUGUGGCCAAUGGCUCCAGCCUCAUGGUCCCUCAGGGAGGCCACAGCACCAUCAACGCAGCUGUGCUCCACCUCGACACCAAUCUAGACAUCCGUAGUGGGGGUGAGGUCCACUACCAUGUCACCGCCGGCCCGCACUGGGGGCAGCUGCUCCGGGCCGGCCAGCCAGCCACCACCUUCUCCCAGCAGGAUCUGCUGGAUGGUGACAUUCUCUACAGCCACAAUGGCAGUCUCAGCCCCCGUGAUACCGUGGCCUUCUCUGUAGAGGCAGGACCUGUGCACACAGACGCCAUGCUGCAAGUGACCAUCGCCAUAGAGGGGCCACUGGCCCCACUGCACCUGGUCCAGCACAAGAAGAUCUAUGUCUUCCAGGGCGAGGCAGCCGAGAUCAGAAGGGACCAGCUGGAGGCAGCCCAGGAGUCAGUGCCCCCGGCGGACAUUGUGUUCUCGGUGAGGACCCCGCCAAGUGCCGGCUACCUGGUGAUGUUGUCCCAUGGCGAGUUGGUGGCUGACCCACCCAGCUUGGACCCCGUGCAGAACUUCUCUCAGGAGGCGGUGACUGCAGGCAGGGUCCUGUACUUGCACUCCCACCCAGAGGCCUGGAAAGACGCCUUCUCCCUCGAUGUGGCCUCAGGCCUGGGCGCUCGCCUUGAGGACAUUCAUGUGGAGCUGGAGGUGCUGCCUGCGGCCAUCCCGCUAGAGGCUCAGAACUUCAGUGUGCCUGAGGGCGGUGCCCGCACCCUGGCCCCUCCACUGCUCCGCGUCGCUGGGCCUUACUUCCCCACACUGCCAGGUCUCGACCUGCAGGUCCGAGAGCCACCCCGUCACGGGGCCCUGCAGAGAGAGGGAGGACCUCAAGACGGGACCCUCAGCACUUUCUCCUGGAGAGAGGCGGAGCAGCAGCUGAUCCACUAUGUGCACGACGGCAGUGAGACGCUGACAGACAGCUUCGUCCUCGUGGCCAACGCCUCAGAGAUGGACCGCCAGAGCCAUCCCGUGGUCUUCACAGUCACCAUCCUGCCUGUCAAUGACCAACCCCCUGUCCUCACCACAAACACAGGCCUGCAGAUGUGGGAGGGGGCCACUGUGCCCUUCCCUCCAGAGGCCCUCAGGGGCGCAGACAGCGACUCGGGACCUGAGCACCUGGUCUACACCAUCGAGCGGCCCGACAACGGGAGGGUCGUGCUGCGGACGGCACCAGACACCGACGUGCACAGCUUCACACAGGCCCAGCUGGACAGCGGGCUGGUGCUGUUCUCACACAGAGGAGCCCUGGACGGAGGCUUCCACUUCAGCCUCUCCGACGGUGCCCACACUUCCCCGGGACACUUCUUCCGCGUGACAGCCCAGAAGCAGCCGCUCCUCUCGCUGGAGGGCAGCCGGACCCUGACCGUCUGCCCAGGGUCUGUCCAGCCUCUCAGUGGCCGGAGCCUGAGAGCCAGCUCCAGCGUGGGCACCGACCCCCGCCUCCUGCUCUACCGGGUGGUGCAGGGCCCCCAGCUCGGCCGGCUGUUCCAUGCCCAGCAGCGCAGCACCGGGGAGGCCCUGGUGAACUUCACUCAAGCCGAGGUGUAUGCUGGUAAUGUUCUGUAUGAGCAUGAGAUGCCCGCUGAGCCCUUCUGGGAGGCCCGUGAUGCCCUGGAGCUCCGGUUGUCCUCACCCCCUUCCCCCGAGGUGGCUGCCGUCCUCACUGUGGCUGUGUCUUUCGAGGCUGCCUGUCCCCAGCGCCCCAGCCGUCUCUGGAGGAACAAAGGUCUGUGGGUCCCCGAAGGCCAGAGGGCUGAGAUCACCAAGGCUGCCCUGGACGCCUCCAACUUCCUGGCCAGUGUUCCAUCACCCCAGCGCCCAGAACACGACGUGCUCUUCCAGAUCACACAGUUCCCCACCCGAGGCCAGCUGUUGGUAUCCCAGGAGCCCCUCCACGCCGGGCAGCCCCACUUCCUGCAGUCCCAACUGGCCGCAGGGCAGCUGGUAUAUGCCCACGGAGGGGGGGGCACCCAGCAGGAUGGCUUCCGUUUCCGUGCCCACCUCCAGGGGCCGGCGGGGGUGUCUGUGGAAGGGCCCCGAACCGCAGAGGCCUUCGCCAUCACAGUGCAGGACGUGAACGAGCGGCCACCCCGGCCGCAGGCCUCCCUCCCUCUCCGGCCCACCCGGGGAUCCCGCACCCCCAUCUCCCGGGCCCAGCUGAGUGUAGUGGACCCGGACUCAGCUCCUGAGGAGAUCAAGUACGAGGUGCAGCGGGCACCCCACAAUGGCUUCCUCAGCCUGGUGGGGGCCAGCCCAGGGCCCGUGACCCACUUCACACAGGCCGACGUGGAUGCAGGGCGGCUGGCCUUCGUGGCCAAUGGGAGCAGCGUGGCGGGCAUCUUCCAGCUGAGUGUGUCUGAUGGGGCCAGCCCACCCCUGCCCGUGGCCCUGACUGUGGAUGUCUUGCCGUCGGCCAUCGAGGUGCAACUGCAGGCACCCCUCGAGGUGCCCCAAGCUUCAGGGCGAUCCCCGCUGAGCCGGCGACAGCUGCAGGUGGUCUCGGAUCAGGAGGAGCCAGACGCAGCAUACCACCUCACCCGAGGGCCCCGGUACGGGCGGCUCCUGGCGGGCGGGCAGCCUGCCACGGCCUUCAGCCAGCUCCAGGUAGACCGGGGCGAGGUGGUCUUUACUUUCACCGACUUCUCAUCCUCUCACGACCACUUCAGCAUCCUGGCACUGGCCAGGGGCGCCAACGCAUCAGCCACAGUGAACGUGACUGUGAGGGCUCUGCUGCAUGUGUGGGCUCAUGGGCCAUGGCCCCAGGGUGCCACCCUGCGCCUGGACUCCACCAUCCUAGAUGCAGGUGAGCUGGCCAACCACACAGGCGGUGUGCCCCGUUUCCGGCUCCUGGCGGGACCCCGGCAUGGCCGGGUAGUCUGUGUGGCCCGGUCCAGGACAGAGCCCAGGGGCAGCCAGCUUGUGGAGCAGUUCACCCAGCAGGACCUUGAGGAUGGAAGGCUGGCGCUGGAGGUGGGCAGUCCAGAGGGUAUGUCCCGGGGCCCCUUAGGCGACAGUCUCACUCUGGAGCUUUGGGCACCCGGUGUCCCGCCUGCUGUGGCCUCACUGGACUUUGCCACCGAGCCUUACAAUGCGGCCCGGCUCUACAGUGUUGACCUGCUCAGUCUCCCUGCGGCCUCCCCGACAGAAGCAGCCAAGCCGGACGGUGGCCCGCCCACAGGUGAGCCUGGCCCGGCGACCUCCAGCCUCGCGCCCGCUGUGGCCAGGGGAGGCUUCCUGGGCUUCCUCGAGGCCAACAUGUUCAGCGUCAUCAUUCCCAUUUGCCUCGUCCUAUUGCUCCUGGGGCUCAUCUUGCCCCUGCUCUUCUACCUCCGAAAACGCAACAAGACAGGCAAGCACAACGUCCAGGUGCUGACCGCCAAGCCUCGCAACGGCCUGGCCAGUGACACGGAGACCUUCCGCAAGGUAGAGCCGGGCCAGGCCAUCCCGCUCACAGCCAUGCCUGGCCAGGGGCCCCCAUCGGGGGGCCAACCAGACCCAGAGCUGCUGCAGUUCUGCCGGACAUCCAACCCUGCCCUCAAGAAUGGCCAGUACUGGGUGUGAGGCCCGGCCUGGGCCCAGUCACUGAUCAGGCCAGAGCCAGGCUUGCUUAGGCCCCAGCACCACUGUCCCAGCCCUGGUGCUGUUUGCAUGUCCCCAGAGCCGGAGAGACCUGGGGUUAUCAGGGUCAGAGGGUGCUGGGAGGUAGUCCCAGGAGUCCAGCCCCAAGUGGAGUCAAGAGCUGGAGUGUCCCCAGUUCACUCCAUGCCUGGAGAACUGCAAGAGGCCCAAGGCCGGAGACAGACCCGGAGUCAGGCCCCCUGCCCUGGAGCUACUGGGGUAUCAAAACCAGAGCGGCCUCCCAGAUGGGUCAGGGCUCUGUGUCCUGGGUCUGUGACCUUGGGGGAAUCACGCUUGACCCAAGCUGCUAAGAGGGUGAGGAGGAAGGCAAGGAGGGACACAGGGAAUCCUAGCCUUUCCGCGCCAGGCCAGGCCUCCCCUUGUCUCUGCCGCAGGGUUGAGAGGAAAACUUUGCCCUAGUGUUUUAGGGAGAUGGUAUUCCCUGGAGCAGAGGACAGGAGAGAGCCUCUCCAUUCUCAAGAAGACGCAAGCCAGUAGAACAAUAUAUGCAGGGUGCAAGGUGGGUGGGUCGCUCUGGGGAUGGGUUUAUUUAAGGGAGAUUUCAAGGAAGCUUAGCCCAGGGUCGAGCUAGACCCAGACCGACGGGCCGCCUGAGGGUGUGGGGGGCUGGAAGAAGUUCGGAGGCCGGCUCAGCUCAUUCCCAGGGCCCCACUUUGAUGGGCCGAGGUCCCGGCAAGCAUGGGUCUGUGGCCCCAGUGUGGGCUGGUCCAGGGAGCAUGCAGGGUACCAGGCCAAGGGCCACUGUGGCGUCUCUGCUCCACCAAGGGCUAGCGGGUAGGCAGUUGGGGACACUCGACUCCAUGGGGCCUGGAUAAAUGGUGCUUUGGAGGUUCUGGA